CUCAACCCCCCCCCUCCCCUCCCCCAGUUCAGAACCACACGGACUAACGAGCCACUACCGUUACCCUUCAGCCUCUCAUUAGCUUUCCUUUUCAUAAGCUCUCCUCUAGUCUAGUCUAGAUAUCCUUUCCACCCCCGUUUCUGGGACCCUCCCUCCGGACUAUCUUCUUACGCGCAUCCUUUCUUCUCUCCCGCACCCAAGCUGAACUUUGUUUUAUGUCUCUCCUCUAGACUUCCCUCCCCUUGUUAUAUGAGCUGAAGCCAUUGAAGGACGAAAGCAAAGGAAGUCCAGAAAAAAAAAUAAAAAAGGAUUAUCAUCCCGGACCAUUCGAGGUCAGUCAUGACCGGCAUGGUUCAGACUGACCUAGCUCAUCCACCUGCACCAAAGUACAAGGACGAGCCAGUGGAAGAUCCUCAUCGCCAUCCCGGCCCGCAACCGCCUCAUCUUCAGCAUCCUCGACCAACUCUUCUGGUCCAGCCACAGAAACAACCAGAAUCACCACAUCAGACUUCAACUACCCUACCUUCUGGUUCAUACGCACCUCACGCCUUAGGCAACGGAGUUAUACAUCAUCAGCACUCCUACGGCCCGCCAUCAGAGCAUUCGUACUAUUCAUCUCAUUCCUCUUAUAGUACAGCAAGCGCACCCAGUCAGUACUCAUCAAGUGGACCACCAGAAAUGAUGGCUACAGCCACGCAAAUUCAGCGGCCGUAUCCUCCAAUUUAUCAUACGCCCCAAUCCAGCUCGCCUGCUUCAGUAGCUUCCCAAACACACGAACAGCAUAAUCGCGGCAUAUACACACAGUCGCCCCAAAUGGCCUCGCAAAUGUAUGGCUAUCCGCCAUACUCACCCAUGAAUCCUGUGCAGCCUCCACCCUAUGGACCGAAUACAUCCCCCCAACAGCAUCCUCUUACGACACAGCCACUGAUGGUGCCCCAUCCAACAAGCACUGCGCAGUUACCGCAUCAUCCGGCUCAGGCUCCAACAGGGAACUUGUCAAGUAGUCCAAAUUCAGCUGCGGCACAACAGCCAACGCCCCCUCAGAGAACGAUGCUAAACCCUCCUCACUCAGCAGCUAGUGGUGCACCUUUGUCAGCCAGUGCUGUUCACCAUCAAAACUCUAAUGUCGGGGCCAGCUCUAGUGCGGCACCAGGACCAAUCCCUGCCACAACUCCCCUGGUUGUCCGACAAGAUAGCAAUGGUGUCCAGUGGAUCGCGUUUGAGUACUCCCGGGAUCGUGUAAAGAUGGAGUAUACAAUCCGCUGCGAUGUUGAGUCGGUUAAUGUGGAUAAUUUAAGCCAGGAGUUCAAGACUGAGAACUGCGUUUACCCUCGAGCCUGCUGCAGCAAGGACCAGUACAGAGGCAAUCGGCUGGUGUACGAAACUGAAUGUAAUGCUGUUGGAUGGGCAUUGGCGGAGCUGAACCCGGCACUGAGAGGCAAGCGUGGGCUGAUUCAGCGGGCAGUGGAUAGCUGGAGGAAUAGCAACCAGGACCCUCGACUUCGAAGCCGGCGUGUGAGGAGGAUGGCCAAGAUUAACAAGCGGCAGGGGAUGCCUGUGCCUCCGCCUCACAUGGCGCCUUCCACCCCUGUUGGCCCUGGGGUGCCAAGUGCUAGUAUGCCCGCCCCCGGUCCCCGUCCCAGCCUGGGGCCAUUGCCCAUGGGCCCGCCUCAGCUACAUCACCACCAUGCCCAGCCAGAUGGAAGUGCAGGCCACGAAGAAGCUAGCGGUACCACUGACUAUACGAACGGUACCAGUCGUCCACCUGUCUCGGAUGGUCUGCAACCCGGACCAUCGCCAACGGACAUCCGCACGGCGCAGGUGUUCCAUGGCUAUCCUUCCUAUCCGACCCCCGCGACGGCCCCAGGGGGACCAAGGGGUCCCUCAAUACCACCACUACUCCGAGAUAAUGGCAUCGGGUCUCUCGGGCGCCAUCCCACCAUUGCGACAUCCUCGAACCGGAUCGAAGAAGUGGGCGAUGACGAUGACGAGCGCAAUCCAAGCAGCGAUGCGCUCUUUGGCACACUGCCCGAGGGCAAACGCCGCAAGUUCAUCCUGGUGGACGAUAACCAGCGGGGUUGUCGCGUGCGAGUUAAGGUCAUGCUGGACCAGGUUGAUAUGGACGAGCUUCCAGACUCCUACAGGAUGUCUAAUGCGGUAUACCCCCGGACAUACUUUCCUGUUCAGAUGAGGGACCCGGGUCGAGUCGUGCCUGGGAAUCGUUAUAUCAAGGACCACGUUGGGGUGGAUGAGGGUGACGAUGCCGAUGAUGAUGACAGCCCGACCGUUGGAAGGAUCAUGGUUCCUGCACCACAGAUUGAUGGCGAGGGAGAGAUCGCGGUUCCCCGGCUGUCCCGAGGACGACGGAGAAGAGAGGUACUGUUGAAUGACCUGGGCUACCGAAUGAGUUGGAGCCAAAGUCGAGUGUUUGCGGGGCGGAUGCUGUUCCUGCAGCGAUCUCUUGACGCGUACCGAAAUAAGAUGCGCAGCACGAUGCUGGCGGCCGGCCAGGAACCGACUUCCAUUCCCCGGCAUUUCGAGACGCGGGCGGGCAAACGACGAUUCCUCGAGCGUAAGCGACGGGCGGCGGGGGGCCCGACUCGGCAUGCCGGUGCCCAUGGGGUGUCUGCCUCGCAGCGCAGUGCUGAAGAGGUCGAGGCUUGACCCAUGCAGCUUGGAAAUACACCAUCUCCUUCUAUUUUUAUUCAGUGCUACCGUAUCCCUGAAGAUUGUGUCAGGGAAAUGUUUACGUUGACCGUGUCACUCGUUUCUUGUCUCAGUUCGCCUGAUCCUUCUGCCGGGUUGUCCCUCAGGGUUAUGCUGACGGGGCCGACAGCGAUCAUGGACCGCUAUGUAAAGUAAUAGAUAUCGGGAGGGAGUCCAAGAGGGGGCAAGGGGAUAUGGCGGUCUGUUGGAUCGGGCGUUGGAUUUCGAUGAUGAUUUUUGUUCUUGACAUGAUUAUGAUGAUUUGACGGCUGCCCUUACUACGAAAACAAUAUGAUGAUUAACUGAUGAUGAAACUCUGAAUGUGAACGAUGGUAUUGUGGUUUUGUU